CAGCGUUGAGGCCUGUUUCAGUGUGCGCAGAGAGCGCCAGGUUCCCCUUACUUCCUACCAGCCAGCUGUGGGACCCCACACACCGCCAACAUGUAUGAUGGAGAGGAAGAUAUGCAAUAUGACGAAGAAGAUGAUGAGAUUACUCCAGAUUUGUGGCAAGAGGCCUGUUGGAUUGUUAUAAGCUCCUAUUUUGAUGAAAAGGGUUUGGUGCGGCAGCAACUGGAUUCUUUUGAUGAAUUUAUUCAGAUGUCCGUACAGAGGAUUGUAGAAGAUGCACCUCCAAUUGAUUUGCAGGCUGAAGCUCAGCACACAAGUGGUGAAGUGGAAGAGCCACCCAGAUUUUUAUUGAAGUUUGAACAGAUUUAUUUAUCCAAGCCCACUCAUUGGGAAAGAGAUGGCGCACCCUCUCCAAUGAUGCCAAACGAAGCAAGGUUAAGAAAUUUAACAUACUCUGCACCCUUAUAUGUGGACAUCACAAAAACGGUGGUCAAGGAAGGUGAGGAGCAGAUUCAAACACAACAUCAAAAAACAUUUAUUGGAAAAAUUCCGAUUAUGUUGCGUUCUACAUACUGUUUACUAAAUGGCCUAACUGACCGUGAUCUUUGUGAGUUAAAUGAAUGUCCGCUUGAUCCAGGUGGUUACUUCAUCAUUAAUGGAUCAGAAAAGGUUCUAAUUGCCCAAGAGAAGAUGGCUACAAACACAGUAUAUGUGUUUGCAAAGAAGGAUUCAAAAUAUGCGUACACAGCAGAGUGUAGAUCCUGUUUGGAAAAUUCAUCAAGACCAACAAGUUCGAUUUGGGUUAGCAUGUUGGCCAGAGGAGGUCAGGGUGCCAAAAAAAGUGCUAUUGGUCAACGCAUUGUUGCCACCUUGCCUUAUAUCAAACAGGAAGUACCCAUAAUUAUAGUAUUCCGUGCUUUGGGCUUUGUGUCCGAUAGAGACAUAUUAGAACAUAUAAUCUAUGACUUUGAAGAUCCUGAGAUGAUGGAAAUGGUAAAACCUUCACUUGAUGAAGCCUUUGUCAUACAGGAACAGAAUGUAGCCCUAAAUUUCAUUGGUUCAAGAGGUGCUAAACCUGGUGUAACCAAAGAAAAAAGAAUUAAGUAUGCUAAAGAAGUUCUUCAGAAGGAAAUGCUGCCACACGUUGGUGUCAGUGACUUUUGUGAAACAAAAAAAGCAUAUUUUUUAGGGUACAUGGUUCACAGACUUCUCCUUUCAGCUUUGGGAAGAAGAGAACUUGAUGACAGAGAUCACUACGGUAAUAAAAGACUGGAUCUUGCUGGACCAUUGCUUGCGUUUCUCUUCAGAGGAAUGUUUAAAAACUUGCUGAAAGAAGUCCGUAUAUAUGCACAGAAAUUUAUUGACCGGGGAAAAGAUUUCAACCUUGAGUUGGCUAUUAAGACACGAAUAAUUUCAGAUGGCUUGAAGUAUUCUUUAGCUACUGGGAACUGGGGUGACCAAAAGAAAGCCCAUCAAGCAAGAGCUGGUGUAUCACAAGUGUUGAACCGUCUGACUUUUGCAUCUACUCUUUCACAUUUGAGAAGAUUGAAUUCUCCCAUUGGAAGAGAUGGAAAACUUGCCAAGCCUAGACAACUGCACAACACACUAUGGGGUAUGGUUUGUCCAGCUGAGACUCCAGAGGGUCAUGCUGUCGGCCUUGUGAAAAAUCUAGCCCUAAUGGCCUACAUUUCUGUUGGGUCUCAGCCCUCUCCUAUAUUGGAGUUUUUGGAAGAAUGGAGUAUGGAGAAUCUUGAAGAAAUAUCACCUGCAGCCAUAGCAGAUGCCACAAAAAUAUUUGUGAACGGUUGUUGGGUUGGAAUUCACAAAGAUCCCGAACAAUUGAUGAAUACUCUCAGAAAACUGCGUCGUCAGAUGGACAUCAUUGUGUCAGAGGUAUCAAUGAUUCGAGACAUUCGAGAGCGAGAAAUCAGAAUCUAUACGGAUGCUGGUCGAAUUUGCCGGCCGUUGUUAAUUGUGGAAAAACAGAAAUUAUUGUUAAAGAGGAGACAUAUUGAUCAACUAAAAGAAAGAGAAUAUAACAAUUACAGUUGGCAGGACCUGGUAGCUAGUGGUGUUGUGGAAUACAUUGAUACUUUGGAGGAGGAGACCGUCAUGCUUGCGAUGACACCUGAUGACUUGCAAGAGAAGGGCGUAGCAUACUGUUCUACGUACACACACUGUGAAAUCCAUCCAUCCAUGAUCCUAGGAGUCUGUGCUUCAAUUAUUCCAUUCCCCGAUCACAAUCAGUCUCCUAGAAACACUUACCAGUCUGCUAUGGGGAAGCAGGCUAUGGGUGUGUAUAUCACAAACUUUCAUGUUCGGAUGGACACUCUGGCACAUGUGUUGUAUUACCCUCAAAAACCACUGGUCACUACACGAUCUAUGGAGUACCUGAGAUUCAGAGAGCUUCCUGCAGGAAUUAACUCAAUUGUGGCCAUUGCUUCAUAUACGGGAUAUAAUCAGGAGGAUUCUGUGAUCAUGAACCGCUCUGCUGUGGACAGAGGAUUUUUCAGAUCUGUAUUUUACCGUUCGUACAAAGAACAAGAGUCCAAGAAAGGAUUUGAUCAAGAAGAAGUCUUUGAGAAACCUACCCGUGAAACAUGCCAAGGUAUGAGGCAUGCCAUCUAUGAUAAGCUGGAUGAUGACGGUUUGAUAGCACCUGGGGUGCGUGUGUCAGGAGAUGAUGUGAUUAUUGGGAAGACUGUAACAUUGCCUGAAAAUGAAGAUGAGCUAGAUAGUGUUAAUCGGCGUUACACCAAAAGAGAUUGUAGUACUUUUCUGCGUACCAGUGAAACUGGCAUUGUUGAUCAAGUCAUGGUGACACUUAAUCAAGAAGGUUACAAAUUUUGCAAAAUAAGGGUGCGCUCUGUGAGGAUCCCACAGAUAGGAGAUAAGUUUGCCAGUCGACAUGGACAAAAGGGUACCUGUGGUAUUCAGUACAGACAGGAGGACAUGCCUUUUACAUGUGAAGGUAUAACUCCUGAUAUUAUCAUCAAUCCUCAUGCCAUUCCUUCUCGUAUGACCAUUGGGCAUUUAAUUGAAUGUCUCCAAGGGAAGGUUUCGGCAAACAAGGGAGAGAUAGGUGAUGCAACACCUUUUAAUGAUGCAGUCAAUGUGCAAAAGAUUUCUAAUCUGUUAUCAGAUUAUGGCUACCAUCUUAGAGGAAAUGAGGUUUUGUACAAUGGAUUCACAGGACGUAAAAUUACAUCACAGAUUUUCAUAGGGCCAACUUACUAUCAGCGAUUAAAGCACAUGGUGGAUGAUAAAAUCCACUCUCGUGCAAGAGGGCCUCUUCAAAUUUUGAACAGACAACCAAUGGAAGGUAGAUCUCGUGAUGGUGGUCUGCGUUUUGGAGAGAUGGAACGUGAUUGCCAGAUAGCUCAUGGGGCAGCACAGUUCUUACGAGAGAGGUUAUUUGAAGCCUCUGACCCUUAUCAAGUACAUGUUUGCAAUCUCUGUGGACUGAUGGCCAUAGCCAAUACCAGAACGCAUACGUAUGAAUGCAGGGGAUGUCGAAAUAAAACACAGAUCUCGCUGGUGCGAAUGCCGUACGCCUGUAAACUACUUUUCCAAGAAUUGAUGUCAAUGAGCAUUGCUCCACGCAUGAUGUCUUCAUAACAUUACUUUUUUUUUUUUCGUGUUUUUAAAUUUGCUUUAAUAAUUUUUUGAUGUCCAUGUGUCUUCUGUAGAAAAGUAUAAAUAAAACAUUUUUGCCUACA